GGAGUUCGUGCCUACACAAGCGGGAGAGCCCUUGCGGGUGCUGGGGCGGGGGGUGCGCAGUGGGAAAGUGUGCAAGUGUUACACGGGGCUCCAGGGGGGGUUGUAUGUUGCUUGGGGGGAGCAGAGUUGUGCCAGGAGUGUGCGAGAGGUGCUGGGGGUGUGCACGGUGCCUGAGGUGUCACCCCAAGAUGCUGGAGCUGUGCGCCCACCCUAGACCCGUCCCUGCAGCCCCUCGGGUGCUGUUCCGGUGUCCUCGGCCCCGACGAGCUUUGCGCAACCCGCGGUGCAAAGGUGUGCACUGGGCCCUGCAGCAAGCAAAGUCCUCACCCAGCUCCCCAUGAUGCCACCAGUGUCCUCCAGCGUGGGGCUGGAGCCCCCCAGGCAGCUCUUCCCUUCUGUAGUGUUGGAAUCCCAGCCCGGGAGGGGAAGGCCGGUGGGACAGAGCGGUCGGUCUGUCUGUCCCCACACCAUGAUGGCUGCGAGUGGCAUGAACCCAACCUCACGUGUCACCCCAGCCACAUGGGAGGGUGGCUUUACCAGGAUUGUAAAGGGGAUCGCUUGGCUGCAGAUACAUGGAGGGGUUGGUGGGUUUUGAUGCCGGGACUAACGGGUUUUGUCUUGGUGCUGUCGAGUGCACAAGAGGGAAGACUUCGUGGUGUCGCCGACGCGGUAGGAAGCAUCGUAAAGGGUAUUUCCUCCCUCUGCCCUACCAGUGUGCUGCUCUGGAGGCUUAAAAAAUUGAAAAUAAGGUUGGGAGAAGCCAAACGCUCUCAAUAUUGUAUUACUGGCCCUGACAGAUCCUCCACGCUCCGGUCAGGAAGAGCUGCAAGCAGAUGCUCUAAUUUCUCCUCUUUUCAAUGCAGGGCGUCCUGAAAGGGGAGAAAGAGGAGAGGAAAUGCCUUCGCUUUGAGGCACUGCAGGUCUUGCCAGUUUGCUGCGAUAAGCGCUCAAGGGAAAUACUCGCUGCUUUAUUCCCGUGUUUUCCCUCUGGGUCUGUGCCUGCUGGACCACAUAGCAGGGUCCCCCCCGAGGAAUGGGGUCUGUGCCCACCCCGAGUGUCUCCGCACCGGCUCCUUUCGCAACCAAGCCCGGCGUUUUCUGCCAAGUCACGGUCGGAGCAGUGUGUCAUCACUCCGGACUUUAUGGCGUGUGGUGUUGGUUUUGUUUAAGAGGGCAUUUCCUCUGAGGGGAAAAGGGAGAGAGGGAGAAAACGAAAGUUGUGCCUGGUUUCCCGGAGUGGGAGGUGCUUUUUUGGAAGGUAAAAGUGCUCAUUGCACUGGGCAGUGAGUUCUGUGGUUGCUUCAGGGACGGCAGCACCCGUGCCAGGACAAUACCUUAUGCUGGGAAUAAUCCCGCUCAGCAAACUGCCUCCAAGUGCUGGGAAGCACAUAAAACACUCAGGCCGUGCAAAAGCUCCUGCGGAGCAAUAGCCGAAGUCACCCCGUGUGUCAGGAGCAGGGGGAACAUUGAAAGUUACAGGUUUUGGGUGCUGCUGCUGCUCUGUCUGCGGCAAAAGACACGGAUGCAGAGCUUGCAGCCGGACCCCAAAGCCCAGUACAGGAGCGUGUACGAAGCUCUGAAGAAGAUUGUCCUUACAGAGGGUUUCUGGAGGCCUUUACGUGGGAUUAAUGUCACCAUGCUGGGGGCUGGCCCUGCCCACGCAAUGUACUUUGCCUGCUAUGAAAAAAUGAAAAAGUCUCUAAGCGAUUCUAUCCAGCAUGGAGGAAACAGCCACUUGGCCAAUGGUAUAGCUGGGAGCGUGGCCACGCUGCUCCACGACGCGGUGAUGAAUCCUGCUGAAGUGGUGAAGCAGCGGAUGCAGAUGUUCAACUCGCCCUACAAGUCCGUCCUGUCCUGCAUCAGGACAGUGCAGAGGACGGAGGGAUUCGGUGCCUUCUACCGCAGCUACACCACCCAGCUCACCAUGAACGUCCCCUUCCAGGCCAUUCACUUCAUCACCUACGAGUUCAUGCAGGAGCAGAUCAACCCCCGCCGGGACUACAACCCUCGGUCCCACAUCGUCUCCGGUGCCAUCGCGGGGGCCGUGGCCGCCGCCGCCACCACCCCCUUGGACGUCUGCAAGACCCUGCUCAACACCCAGGAGAACACGGCGCUGAGCUCGGUGAACAUCAGCGGGCACCUCUCGGGCAUGGUCAACGCCUUCAAGACUGUCUAUCAGCUGGGGGGUGUCUCGGGGUAUUUCAGGGGGGUCCAGGCACGUGUCAUCUACCAGAUGCCUUCAACUGCCAUCGCCUGGUCCGUGUAUGAGUUCUUCAAGUACUUUCUCACAAAGCACAAGCUGGAGAAAAGAACAUCCUUGUGAAGGGACUUGGUGAGGGUGGCUUGGAGCCCCUGUGUCCCCUCUGGGGCUCUGCCAAGGGACACACCAGCCUGCUGGGGUUUCACAGCUGACAGCCACUUCUCCCUCCCCAGGGAAGAUUAAAGUGGUCCUCAGUUACCCCUUCCCCCUCCUCGCUUAAACAAUGACAUAGUUUAUAAAGACUUAUAAUAAUAUAUCUAUUUAAUAACUUUAUUUUGGAGAAGUGAAAUUGCUAACUGAUAUUUUUCUCGAAGUUUGAAGAUGUAGCUUACUCCUCAACAGAAGGCUUAGGUUAUACAGCCUAGGCUGGGAUUUGUUUUUUUACAGCAAAGAUGCAAAAUAUCUUGUCACAGAACUUACUUUUUAUAUAAAUAUUAAAUAGAUGGAUAAUGUUUAUCCUUUAUUUUUCUAUGUAGGCGUUUGGGUUGUUUUUUUAAAUACUAUAACAGCUAAAUGCUAAGCUGUUUAAAAAGGGGCUAAAUUCUUCCAUCCUGUGUAAGGAAGACAGAAAAGCAUUUAUUUUUAUAGCCAGAUUGGCUUUAAUUAUACAGCAUUUAGCCCCCAGACAGUGGCGUGGAUCCUUUUGUGGGUGUCAGUGUCCUUGGUAGCCCCUUGAGACUUGCUGGGAUGGGGGAAGGAAUGGGGACACCCCAAAAUAGCCGGUCACUCUGUGGGGGAGAGGAGGAAACUAUCAACUCCAUUUUUGUUUUUUUAACAAGGAGACUCUUUAAAAAAAGUAUAGAUUUUAAAGAAGAAUAUUUUUUUGCAAACUUUUUUGUUUUAAAGGUACAUUUUUAAUGGUGUGUGAUAGCUGAACAGCCUUCAUCCUCCCUUAAUUUAUUCAUACUUCUUUUUCACUAAGGCCCUGAUCCUGCUUAUGGGAGCAACCAUGUGCAUCUCGCUGGCUGGUGGGGUUGAAGCCUGGGGGGCACCAGAGCUUCUGUUCACAAUUGGGCUCCUGGGUCGUGUCCUGGCAGCACCAAACCAGCUGUGGGCAAGUCCCGCCUGCAGAACCAAAGCCACCUCCCGGCCCUUGUUUGACAAUAAGCUGCUGCUCGUCUAUGGGAGGAGGAGAAACAAACAGCCUAGAGAGGUUCCUAGUGCUGUGGGUUUGGUUUUAGCUGCGGGAUGCUGAGCUUUGUGCCUGCUUGGGAUGGGCUGCAGCUUUGCUGCGUGCCCUGCUCCUCCUGAGCACCCCUUAGCAUCCCCAGGUUCACCCCUUAGCAUCCCCAGGUUCAUCCUUUAGCCAGUGACUUGGGUGAGCAGUAGCCAACAAGGGGAUUUUAGGGACCUGGACAUGUAAGUAUAAGUUCCAGGACACCACUUGGCAAAUCUCCAUCAUCCCUGAGACUUGCCAGCAGCUUGUGGAGAUGCAGCUCGGGGUCUAGUGGGGGACUGGCAGCUUUUUGGGCUGGCACAUGUCCAUGGAGGUGUCCCCUCAGCCAGGCAUGUUGUGUAGGAUGACACUAAGCAGAGCUAAUCCUUUUGCUCCGUUAUUUGGAGAAGGUAAAUCAAAGAGCACCUCUCUGGGUGGUGUUACGUGUGCCUUGUAUAAAUUAACCUUGUACCGCUGAGGGUGGUGAAAGGAGCUUCUUGAUGCCUUUUUGUCACUUAAAUGGAAUUAAUCACUGUGUCAAAUGCACCCUGUGUCUUAUAAGUGUACGAAAAUUGUAAGCUUGAGGCCGCUGGUGUUGGUGGUGCGGCUAGAGAGAGCCCUGGCCCUUGGGCUUCAAGCUGUCUGUGAGCCUUGGAUGUCUCUUUCUAUUGACUUUAGAAACUGGAGAAUCACUAACAGGAACCAGAACUGCACAAAAUCUUUCCGUCAGGGAUGGGCAUAAACACUUAGGUGAAAAUUUUGGGUCACUUUAAUGUUAAAGAGGCAAAUUGUAGCAUAAGGUGGAAGGCGACAGCUUUUCAGUGUGGCUUCGGUAGGUUGGAGUCACACUUGGCAAAUGGUCCCUAGUGCAUCAUCCUCUUCCUCCAGUCGCUUAGCUUUAAUAUUUCUGACUUCUGGGAGAAAUUAAUCUCCUAAUUGGAGUAACCUGUGAGUAGCUGGGAUGUGAAGGAUGGACUUGCCGAGGGGACAGAGCUGGUGAUCACGGGUUUGGCCAUCUGAGCAUCAUACUGGGAUGGGGAUGCAGCAUCCCCUUUUGGUCACUAGCCAGAAAAAUGUCCUGAGUUUUGAGCACAUAAUUAUCAACCAAAUUUUCUUGGGAACUUGUUCUCCCUCAAGCUGAGGGUGGCUGAGGAGCCCUUGUAUGUUCACAGAGCUCUUUGCAGGUUCCUCCGACCAAACCAGCCUUCCCAUUCUGCAGCUGCAAUGUGCCCAGCUGGUCUAAUAACUGCAGAAGUCUCACGUGUUUAAAAUGUUCCGUGCUGUACGUAACGCUGGAUUCCUCAGGCGAAAGCCCCGUCACCAAAGCCGUUGCUCCUGGUCUCUUCUACGUUUGCAUUUGAAAGUUCUGCUGCGGGUCUGAAGUUUUGUUUUAACCUGGUAUGUGAAACAUGUACUGCUGCUUCAUCUGCAACAAACGCACAUAUUAUUUAAGGGGGAGGAUGAGUAAUUUUGUCCGCAGUUCUUAAUUUUUAUUAUAUUUUUUUGGCCUGCCUUGGAAUUUAAUGUGUUUCCUUAAACGUGUAUUUAACAGUGCAGGAGUUCGUUUGUGAAAUGCUGCUACAGUUGUAUCACUGGAGCUCAAGGAAAUAAAGUGUUCUGAUUUA